AUGCGUUCAGGGCCCAAGAGUGCGGUGCUUCGUUCUGGGGGCGGGGACGACACGGAGGGGGCGCGGUCUGGGCGGAAGCGGAAGCGGAAGUGGCGGGUUCCGCGCGCUAAGGCGGCGGCGGCGGCGGCGGCCGACCGGACCCGGGAGGAGGCGGUAAGUGGCCGCAGCUCGGACCCCGGCAGCCCGCCCGGCGCCCGCGUCUUCCUUGCGCGCCUCGACCUCCCCGCCCGCAGGGCCCGGGCCCAGCGCAGACGCGAACGCCCCUUUGCCUGCGACUGGCCGGGCUGCGACAAGAAGUUCGCGCGCUCCGACGAGCUGGCCCGCCACCACCGGACGCACACCGGCGAGAAGCGCUUUCCCUGCCCGCUCUGCUCCAAGCGCUUCACCCGGAGCGACCAUCUGACCAAGCACGCGCGCCGCCACCCCGGCUUCCGCCCGGAACUGCUCCGGCGCCCGGGCGCCCGCAGCACCUCGCCCAGCGACUCGCUGCCCUGCAGUCUGGCGGGCAGCCCCGCGCCCAGCCCCGCGCCCAGCCCGGCCCCCUCUGGCCUGUAGGGCCCUAGUCCAGCCCACCCUGCCGCACCCCUGCUGGGCCUGGGCAUGGAGCACCAGCAAAACGCCUGCUGUCCGCAGCCAGGGGCGGGCCACGGACGACAGCCAGCGUCCCCGACACUGGACCGGGGGUGGCCCUUGGGAGGGGUGGCUGGGGCCCGCGUCUGUAAAUAGCCAUGUUGGAUAACUCUCCUCCCAUGUGUUAAACAGGAACCCCAGGUGGGCGGCCAGCAGGCGCUCCCCUACCCCCAUGGCCACCUCCCUGCUUUGGAGAGGGUGGAUCUGGGGGGAGCGGCCCAGGAAAGGGGCACCUAACCAGUGCUCAGACUCUGCCCCCCCCAGCCCCCCUCUCCAGGUUGGGAUGAUGUGUGCAAAGAGCCAUAGAUGAACCAUGGGUUACCCCGGCACCACCCCCACCCUGCCCGGGGCCCCCCACCCCACUGAAAGCCAUUGGAGAUGUUCAGGGAACUGGGGUGCGGUCCCAGCCGCCCCCAUCCGGGUACUCAAUCUCAGGUGUCCACAGGUUCUGCCCUGCCACCCAGCUCCCCAGCAGUGGGGGCAGGGUGGAAAGGGGGGAGGCAGGGAGGCGGGAAGGCAGUAGGGUUCAGGUUUUGCUCCUAAGACUGGGAUAGGGAGGGAGAGAAAUGGGUUCUUCCAAAGAACAUUUUGACUCACGUGGAGGGGAGGUGGGUAACAGGCUGCAGCUGGGGCAAAGGCCUCCUUAUUUAUUUUCCUCUGUCUCUGCUGGUGGGAAGGAGGGGGGCAGUGAGCUGCCCCUCUCUGGGUGGGUGUGUGAGUGUGUGAGUGAGGACUGCUCCUGUCAGUCGAGUCCCCAACUUUGGCCUUCCACAGCAUCGUGUGACAAUCAGUCAGUCCCUCCUGUUUGGGACCAUGACAGCCAUCCAGCAUAAGGCACCCCUUCCCUGCAGGUGGAGGUGUGGCGGCCGGCUCCAUCCUGCCACCAGCCCUUCUUCCCGGCAGGUACCCCUGGUCACAUGGCCCCUGGACCAGAGGUUGGGGUCCUGCUUGCGAGGGCAGGAAGCAUGAGGGCUGACGCCUGCACCCCAUGGGAUAGCUCGUU